GAGGCUCAAUCUCAUGAACCAUAAGAUAUAACCUGAGCCGAAGUCAAGAGUCUGACUCAGGCGAUUGAGCCACCCAGGCACCCCUAGUCGUGGUCUUGUUAGGGCUACUAGGGUCAAGUUGGGGAUAUUAGUGCCAAGAGUUGUAGCUUGAAGGAGUGAGUGGACACGGUGAAGGUAAAAAUAACUCUACUUUAUUGAACACAUACUUCUUCCCUUGUACUGUUCUUCACACAACAGUUUUAGGAAGUUCUAGUUCAGGUAAGUUCUAUUAUCAUUACCUUUAUGUGAGGAAAUAAAGGUUUUCUAAAGCUUAUGACAUGUAUUAUCCUAAAAUGGCAGAACUAGGCCAUCUUGGUUCACAGCCCAAAUUGAAACCCAGGCUCUUCAAGUUCAGGGCACACACCUUUAACCUCUAUGUACUACUACCUGCUGUUAUAUUGGACCUUUAGUUUAAUGGCACCAACAGCACUUGAUUAGAGCUGUACAAUAUGCUCUCCCAAGUCCUCAUUCAAUGCCUCAAAUUACUGGAUGAGAAGAGGCAGCUCCUGUAGGUUAAAUAAUCACACGGCUCACAGAGCAUGGACCAGCAGCUGGGAUCCAGGUUUCUCUCCAGAGCCACAGUGGCUGUGUGUUCCCCUACACCAUGUUGAGGCUUCUGACAGCUCUCUCAGACUUCUGGUCCAGCUUUCAUAGUAAUAAACCGCCUUCUAUCAUAUUUAUUUGUACGUUUGAAUCCUGACGUCAGUCUGAGGGUAGCAGAUAUCACUUGAUUUAUAUGGGCAGUCCCCGUGCUCAGAUUAUGUAUAUUGAAUGAAGGUGUGGAUAAAUUAAAAAAUUAGUCUUGCCACAUAGUCAUGUGAAUAUUUUAUUUCUAGACUUCCUCAAGAGUUUAACCACCAAUAUCUUCGUGAGAGGAGACCACAUACAAUAGUUUGCUUAUACCUUUGUUCUUUCUCUAUGGUUUUCCCAAAAGUAAACUCAAUUCCACAUACACAUUGAGUAGAACAUUUUUGCAUGCACAAAGAAAUGUGAUUACAAAUAACUUUGGAAGAGGAUUAGUCGUAAUUUGUACCUUUUGUAAGCAAAAUGAAUGAGGAUACUAUUAAAAGCUGGUGGAUUGGGGCUUUCAGUAAUCAAAUAAAAUCUGCAGCUCUGUCAGCCACCCCUCCCCACCCCCCCCACCCCAAUUCCUUAGCCUCUGUGAAUAAAGCAGUGACCUGGGAGUUCUUGAGCCCGCUCCCCCACUCCUCGGAAAGGUCUUGCCAACUCGGCAUUGUCCUGUUGGAUUUGCAGUCAGAUGUCUUAUGCUGGCAGGCACUGGGCAGGCAAUGAGUUCUUUCCCUGUAAAUUGGGCACAAAAAGACCGGCAUGGGAGCAGCCUCUUUGGGGACAGCUGCUCUGAGACAAUGCUGUAAGCAAGGCAGAAAUUCCUCCUAGCAGAGGGCGACUGGUGGGAGGAGUUCAGUUUGCUAAGUAUUGUCAUUUGCCGAGAGUAGGUGUGUGCACAAGAAGGAGUCUUAACCUGGAGAAUCAUUAACUCUUUCAGUCAGCUGGCUAGCUGCGGUGGCUCGGCAGGUUGGUCUCGGAGGCUCCUGCUCAGGAAGGCCAGGGAGAAGUGGAAUCACUUUUUCAUGGGGGACCACUUUGAGAAGGGCCAGCACGCUCUGCUCAAUGAAGGAGAAGAGAAUGAAAUGAUGUGUUCUCCUCUGAGGAACUAUAGGAAAAUCAAAGAUGAUUCUCAUGUUCUUGCUGAAUUUAAAGCUGUAUUUGUCAAUUACAAUGCAAUCAAGAGAGAGUUAGAAAUGUGUACUUCAGAUUAAUAAGGCCUUUCUGCUGAUUGUGAGCUAUUUGGCUACCGGACUCAAGGCUGCCGGAAAACCCUCUGUCUUGCUGGAUCCAUCUUCUCAUUUGGGAUCCUCCCCUUGGUGUUUUACUGGAGACCUGCUUGGCACGUGUGGGCAAACUGCGUCCCGUGUUCCUUGCAAGAGGCAGAUGUCGUGUUGCUGAGGACAACAGAUGAAUUCCACACUUACUCAUGGAAAAAGGUAAUGUGGAUCUACUUGUCAUCAUUAAACAGCACGUUUGGUGUCACUCCUGACCACCCUCUCAUUACAGAUGAGGAGGACAUCAUAAAUAGAGUCAUCAGAAAGCCAGACCUAAAGGUGAGAUGUAUAAAAGUGCAGAAAAUAAGAUAUGUUUGGAACAACUUAGAAGGACAGUUCCAGAAAAUUGGUUCUUUGGAAGACUGGCUCAGUUCUGCCAAGAUACAUCUGAAAUUUGGAUCAGGUCUAACAAGAGAAGAACAAGAGAUUAGGAGGUUAAUAUGUGGACCUAAUACUAUCGAUGUUGAAAUCACACCAAUUUGGAAACUACUCAUCAAAGAGGUUUUAAAUCCAUUUUACAUAUUUCAACUCUUCAGUGUCUGUUUGUGGUUUAGUGAAGACUAUAAGGAAUAUGCUUUUGCCAUCAUAAUCAUGUCCAUCAUGUCCAUAGCGUUGACGGUAUAUGAUCUCAGAGAGCAAUCUGUAAAGCUCCACCACCUAGUUGAGUCACAUAAUAGCAUAACAGUCUCCGUAUGUGGGAGAAGAGCUGGAGUCCAAGAGCUGGAAUCACGCUUCCUGGUACCUGGAGAUCUAUUAAUUUUGACGGGGAACAAAGUGCAAAUGCCAUGCGAUGCCAUCCUGAUUGAUGGCAGCUGUGUGGUAGAUGAAGGCAUGCUGACAGGAGAAAGUAUUCCAGUCACUAAAACUCCAUUGCCCAAGAUGGAGAGCUCCAUGCCCUGGAAAACGCAGAGUGAAGCCGAUUAUAAAAGGCAUGUCCUUUUCUGUGGGACAGAGGUUAUCCAAGCCAAGGGAGCAUGCUCUGGGACCGUGAGGGCGGUGGUGCUACAGACUGGAUUCAACACUGCAAAAGGGGACCUCGUGAGAUCCAUUCUGUACCCGAAGCCAAUGAAUUUUAAGCUUUACAGGGAUGCCAUCAGGUUCCUCCUGUGCCUUGUAGGGACAGCAACCAUUGGGAUGAUCUAUACUUUGUGCGUCUAUGUGCUCAGCGGGGAGCCUCCAGAGGAGGUGGUGAAGAAAGCCCUUGAUGUCAUCACAAUUGCGGUCCCUCCUGCUCUACCUGCUGCUCUGACCACAGGCAUUAUCUAUGCCCAGAAGAGGCUGAAGAAGAGAGGCAUCUUUUGCAUCAGCCCCCAGAGGAUCAAUGUAUGUGGACAAUUAAACCUUGUCUGCUUUGACAAGACAGGCACCUUAACAAGGGAUGGUUUGGAUCUCUGGGGAGCCGUGCCCUGCGAUAGGAGUGGGUUCCAGGAAGUCCACAGCUUUGUGUCCGGCAGGUCUUUGCCAUGGGGCCCGCUGUGUGCGGCCAUGGCCAGCUGCCACUCUCUGAUUCUUCUUGAUGGGACCAUCCAGGGAGAUCCUCUGGAUCUCAAGAUGUUUGAAGCCACCACCUGGGAGAUGGCGGUUUCUGGGGACGAUUUCCACAUCAAGGGAGUGCCAGCACAUGCCAUGGUAGUUAAGCCCUGCAAAACAGCCAGCCAGGUGCCAGUGGAAGGAAUUGCAAUCCUGCAUCUGUUCCCAUUCUCAUCAGCACUGCAGAGGAUGACAGUCAUUGUCCAAGAGAUGGGGGGUGACCGGCUGGCAUUCAUGAAAGGUGCACCGGAAAGGGUGGCCAGCUUUUGCCAACCUGAGACAGUACCAACUAGUUUUGUUAGUGAACUUCAGAUUUACACGACACAGGGCUUCCGGGUCAUAGCACUGGCCUACAAGAAGCUAGAAAUGGAUCAUCACACCACUGCCUUCACCAGGGACAAAGUAGAAUCAGACCUGAUAUUUCUGGGAUUGCUCAUCUUGGAGAAUCGGUUGAAAGAAGAAACAAAACCAGUUCUGGAAGAGCUCAUCUCUGCCCGGAUAAGGACUGUAAUGAUCACAGGUGACAAUCUUCAGACUGCAAUAACAGUGGCCAGAAAGUCUGGAAUGGUUUCUGAAAGCCAACAAGUCAUUCUGAUUGAAGCGAAUGAAAUCACUGGGUCUUCAUCAGCAUCUAUAUCUUGGAAAUUAAUAGAAGAGAAGUCCAUUGCAUACAGCAAUCAGGAUAAUUACAUUAAUAUCAAGGAAGAAGUCUCUGAUCAUGGCAGAGAGGGAAGUUACCAUUUUGCCUUAAGUGGAAAAUCCUUUCAGGUUUUAAGUCAACAUUUCAGUAGCCUACUCCCAAAGAUACUGAUAAAUGGAACAAUCUUUGCAAGAAUGUCUCCUGGGCAGAAAUCCAGUCUGGUGGAAGAAUUUCAGAAACUGGAUUACUUUGUAGGUAUGUGCGGUGAUGGAGCCAAUGACUGCGGGGCUUUGAAAAUGGCUCACGUGGGCAUCUCUUUAUCAGAACAGGAGGCAUCUGUGGCCUCACCUUUCACUUCUAAAACUCCAAACAUUGAGUGUGUACCUCACCUUAUCAAGGAAGGACGUGCCGCUCUCGUUACCUCAUUUUGCAUGUUCAAGUACAUGGCACUGUACAGCAUGAUCCAGUAUGUUGGUGUUCUGCUGCUCUACUGGGAGACAAACAGCCUUUCAAAUUACCAGUUUCUGUUCCAGGAUCUGGCCAUCACAACUCUUAUUGGUGUAACAAUGAAUUUGAAUGGUGCCUACCCCAAGCUGGUGCCCUUCAGGCCUGCAGGACGGCUGAUCUCCCCACCUCUGCUGCUCUCUGUGAUUCUCAACAUUCUUCUCAGCUUAGCCAUGCACAUUGUGGGCUUCAUUCUGGUUCAGAGGCAGCCUUGGUAUUCCAUGGAGAUGCACAGUGCCUGCACAGUGCAAAAUGAAAGCAUCUCAAAGUUAACCAUUUCUCCCACUGCUCCAGAAAAAAUUGGAAGUAAUGGUGCCUUCACAAGCUUCGAAAACACUACCAUAUGGUUCUUGGGAACAAUCAACUGUAUCAUCGUGGCUCUUAUUUUCUCUAAAGGAAAACCAUUUAGGCAGCCCAUAUAUAAAAAUUAUAUAUUUGUCCUUGUGCUGGUCAUACAGCUGGGUGUAUGUCUAUUCAUUCUAUUUGCUGAUAUUCCAGAAUUAUACAGGCGUUUGGAUCUUCUCUGCACUCCUCUUCUGUGGAGGGUUUACAUCAUCAUUAUGCUCAGCUCCAACUUCAUUGUGUCCCUUGUGGUGGAGGAGGCCAUUAUUGAAAACCGAGCCCUGUGGACAACAUUCAAAAGGUGUUUUGGCUAUCAAUCAAAAAGCCAGUAUCGGAUAUGGCAGAGGGCCUUGGCAGAUGACCCCAGCUGGCCCCCGCUAAACCAAACGUCCUACUCUGACAUGCCAGAGUGUGGCAGGGGGGUGUCUUACAGCAAUCCGGUGUUUGAGAGCAAUGAGGAACAACUCUGAAGCCAAAGUGAUCUCUAAGGUGAUAAAGCAUAGAAACAAUGACAAAAGGGACCAGUUUCAGUAAUUUUCAAACAAUGGGACUCUUACAAAAUCUGCUGGAGUUUUUGGAAUAAAAAAACCUAUCCAAUCACGAUCACAAAUUCAAGUUUACCUGAUAAAAUACUUUCUACAGAGCAGAACACUGCCCCCAGAAGAGUGCCUUCCUCUUGAUUCUCAAAGUAUUGAUGGUGUUGGUGAAUCAAGAGUGAGCCAACGAUGGCAAUCAGCCCAGAGACUGGGAGGCUAAAGGACAAGGAGAAUAUAUAAUCUCUUUCCUUAGGUAACAUUUUUUAAAUGAAUUGAGAGAAAGUAGCACCAUGUGUAGCCAUAGAAAUAUAACAUGUGAAGGAUCACCUUUGAAUUCUUAUUUUAUUGAUGGAAAAACAAGUGCAUGAGAGCCAUUAUACCAGUC